AAAUAAGACGGACGGUCAAACGUUCACGGCUGCACUUAUUUUGGGUGGGACAGAGGUAGUACUUGGCGUUGACCAGCGCGUGGACUUGUAAUAUGGACGGACGCGGACGUGCUCUCUCAUCUCCUAGCUACUGUACUAGCACUAGAAAAGAAAAGAAAGAAGAAAGCAGCAGCAGGAGGAGAGAUGGACUUGCUCACUCGGCACGUGAAGUACUCCCUCCAGCAACUAGUAAGAAGAAAGGCAGGCUGCAGGCGUGGACGCUGACUGUCGGUCUUCCCUUGUGAAUUGUGAUCCAAUAUUGCCAAAUUAAUAAUAUCCCUUCAUAGAUUUCUCUCUGACCCCGCGAAACAGCAUCAGCAUGCAUUGCAAUUCAACUCGCAUAUUAGUAGUAAGAAGAGCUACUCCUACUCAGUGGUGUGGCGAUGGGUUCAGCUCUUUCGGGCAGCGGCAGCGGGAGCUUGUUGGUCCUCUCCGUCUCCGUCGUCGGCAUCCUUUUCACCUCCAUCCUCCUCCUUGCCUACUACCUCUUCCUCGCCUGCUCAUGGCGCCGCCGUUCCCACCAAACUGCACGACCCACGCCGCCUCUUCCUUCUUUCUUCUUAGCCGCCGAUCAACCCCGCCGCGGCCUCGGCCUGGAGGAGGCGGCCAUCCGCCGCAUACCAACGCUCCGCUACCAGCAGCAGCAGCAGCACAACAAGCAGCAGCAGUGCGGCGUGUGCCUGGGCGAGUUCCGCGAGGGGGAGAGGCUCAGGCGGCUGCCCCCCUGCCUCCACUCCUUCCACAUCGACUGCAUCGACGCCUGGCUCGCCACCGCCCUCACCUGCCCGCUCUGCAGGGCCCAUGUCACCGUCGACACCAACCACAUUGCUGCUGCUACCACCAGCACGCGGCACGACGACGACCAGUUGCUCUCCGGCGUGCACCAGCCGAUGAGGAGGUCGUUCUCCCUCGACUCCUGCCACCUCUACCUCGCCAUCAUUUUGCACCCGCACCAACUCUCCGACUCCGACACCCGCAGCCGCAGCCGCAGGGAACCAAAGCCCGCCGUCUUAGAGUCAGAGAGGCCUAGUAGGACGCUGCGCAGAUCCUUCUUCUCCUUCAGCCACACUACCACCUCCCCAGUCCCAACUCCAAUCCUCCCUAUCUGAUUCUCAACACUAAUCUACUUGUACAAUCCCAUAUUAUAUUUAUUAACUCAUCCAUAUCAUUGUUAAUUUUCCUCAUUACAUUCUCGUUUCUCUUUGCUCUCUUUUUUUUCCGACUGUACAACACUGCCGGUUACUGUAAUUUCUUAAUAGACAUAGUAAGUGGAAUCAACCACCUUUAAUA